AAACGCUGGGCGACCGAAUGAUGACGUCGGGAACGAGAAUGCCGACGUGGAAGGAGAGAGAGAACAACAAGAAGCGAGAGCGGCGGCGCCGGGCAAUCGCCGCGAAGAUCUACUCCGGGCUGCGGAUGUACGGAAACUACAAGCUCCCGAAGCACUGCGACAACAACGAGGUCCUCAAAGCUCUCUGCAACGAAGCCGGCUGGACCGUCGAAGAAGACGGUACCACUUACCGAAAGGGAUGCAAACCCGUGGAUCGCAUGGACAUAAUGGGGGGUUCUACCUCAGCAAGUCCAUGUUCAUCGUACCAGCCAAGUCCCUGUGCAUCCUACAAUCCGAGUCCUGGCGCAUCCUACAAUCCAAGUCCUGCCUCAUCUUCCUUCCCAAGUCCCGCCCGCUACCAUGCAAAUGAAAACGGUAAUGCUGAUGCGAAUUCUCUGAUCCCAUGGCUUAAAACGCUCUCAUCAGGCUCAUCGUCUGCCAUGUCCAAGCUCCCCCAAUUCUUUGUUCAAGGGGGUUCCAUAAGUGCUCCAGUCACCCCACCGCUGAGCUCCCCAACUUGUCGAACUCCUCGAACCAAGAGCGAUUGGGAUGAAGCAGUCGCUGGCUCAAGCUGGGCAGGGCAGCAUUACCCUUUCCUGCCUUCGUCCACCCCACCAAGCCCCGGUCGCCAGGUUCUGCCUGACUCAGGAUGGCUUGCUGGACUGCAAAUUCCUCAGAGUGGCCCAUCAUCCCCAACAUUCAGCCUUGUCUCGAAAAACCCUUUUAACUUGAAGGAGGCUUUGUCAGGUGCAGGGUCUCGGAUGUGGACUCCUGGGCAAAGUGGAACAUGUUCCCCGGUAGUUGCUGCAAGUAUUGAUCACACUGGUGACAUCCCAAUGUCGGAUGGGAUGGCAGCGGAGUUUGCAUUUGGCAGUAACACAACAGGAUUAGUGAAGCCAUGGGAAGGUGAGAGGAUUGAGGAAUGCGUAUCAGAUGAUCUCGAACUUACGCUCGGGAGCACUCGGACUAGGUAAGUUGGAGGAACCGAUUAGCGGCGAAAUGGAUCCAGCAUUUGGAGAAUUCCUCGACUUUACCGGCUUUGUUUGUUAAGUACUUACGUUGGCGUUGAAGAUAGAGCGGUUUGAGCGAAUAGGGUUAGAAGAUAAUUGUGUGCGAGUCUCUUGAUUGGGGUUCUUGCGAAGUUUCGACUUCAUGUCUACUGGGUGUUUCAGUUGAUGAGUUAGUAGUACAGAGAGUAGGAUCCUUCUGUUAACAAAAGAGGACUAAAAGUUUAAUUAUAAAUAGUUCAUGGUGGUGUUUUUUUGCCCCUUCUUUUAAA